CCGAACCUCCACCGUGAUCUCCUUAAAAGUCUCCGCUAAGAGGUCGCCUUUAUCCAGGGGCCACCGCUGUAAAGAUGCCGGUCCGGAGGGGCCAUGUGGCCCCUCAGAACACCUUCUUGGAUACUAUCAUCAGGAAAUUUGACAGUCAAAGUCGGAAGUUUGUUAUCGCUAAUGCCAGAGUGGAGAACUGCGCCAUCAUCUUCUGCAACGAUGGGUUCUGCCACUUGUGUGGCUACACCCGAGCCGAGAUCAUGCAGAAACCUUGCACGUGCAACUUCCUGUAUGGGCCGGACACCAAGAGGCUGGCUAUCGCCCAGAUGGCACAAGCCCUGCUGGGGUCGGAGGAGAGGAAAGUGGAGAUCAACCUUUACAGGAAAGACGGCCAGUGCUUCCUGUGCAUGGUGGACGUGGUGCCGGUGAAGAACGAGGAUGGCCUGGUGAUCAUGUUCAUCCUGAACUUCGAGGUCAUGACUGAAGAAGUGCUGAAGGACCAUAAACGGGAGCUGAAUCACCGCCUGCCCACCUGGCUUGUUACAGGUCGUCCUCGAGGUUUCAAGCUGCGUCUCCCUCAUCUCCGCUCGCUGUCCAACAGUAAAGCGUCGCUGGAGGACGCAGAGGCCGCUCACAUCCCCACGGCGAUGCCGCUGCAUCCGGACCUCAGUCCGGAGUCCUUGGGUCUGAGCGAGUUCCUGCCGCUGCCGCCUUUAGCGCCACAACACCAGGAGCAGCUGAGUGGAAGCAGGUCGGCUCUUCAGAACUGGCCAGAGGAUCAUCAGGAGGACCAGCGAACGCUCAUCUGCUCAGAGACUCCCAUCCCUCGAAUACCCCCCCACCUGGUGGGGCCCCUCAACCAGUCGACCCCCUGCGUGGUGCCGCGCCACCACCUCAGCCUCAACCCGGACGCCUCGUGCUCCAACUGCACCCUGACUCGCAGCCGCUCGAGGGAAAGCUUCCACAGCAUGAGGCGAGCGUCCUCCGUGGACGAGAUCGAGGCCCUGAGGCCCGAGUGGGACCGGAAGAACCGCAGGGCCAGCGUCCGGCCAGCCAGCAGCAGCACCGGCGCAGUAAACAGCAAGUCUAACAUCCUGAACUCCACCUCGGACUCGGACCUGAUGCGCUACCGUACCAUAUCCAAGAUCCCCCAAAUCACCCUCAACUUUGUGGAUUUCAAGCCGGACCCCCUCAUCGCCCUGCCCCCUGGAGAGAUGGACAUCAUAGCGCCGUGCAAGCUGAUCGACAGGACGCACAACGUCACAGAGAAGGUCACACAGGUGCUGUCUCUGGGUGCAGAUGUGUUGCCGGAGUACAAGCUUCAAGCUCCUCGCAUCCACAAGUGGACGGUGUUGCACUACAGUCCCUUCAAGGCUGUGUGGGACUGGCUCAUUCUGCUGCUGGUCAUCUACACUGCCAUCCUGACCCCCUACUCAGCCGCCUUCCUCCUCAAUGACUCGGAAGAGGCGGCCAAGCAGAACUGCGGCUACUCCUGCUCCCCCCUCAACGUGGUGGACCUUAUCGUAGACAUCAUGUUCAUCAUUGACAUCCUCAUUAACUUCAGGACGACUUAUGUGAACUCUAACGACGAAGUGGUGAGCCACCCAGUGCGUAUUGCCGUCCACUAUUUCAAAGGCUGGUUCCUCAUCGACAUGGUUGCUGCUAUUCCCUUUGACCUGCUCAUCUACCGCAAUGGAGAGGAGACGACCACCCUGAUAGGCCUGCUGAAAACGGCUCGCCUCCUGCGAUUGGUUCGCGUAGCCAGAAAGUUGGACCGCUACUCUGAGUACGGCGCCGCCGUCCUCUUCCUCCUCAUGUGCACCUUCGCCCUCAUCGCUCACUGGCUGGCCUGCAUCUGGUAUGCCAUUGGUAAUGUAGAGAAGAAUGGUUCAAUAGGCUGGCUGCACACCCUGGGCGACCAGCUGGGAAAACAGUUCAAUGACUCUAUUCCAGGUUCAGGACCUUCCAUCAAAGACAAGUAUGUCACCGCUCUGUACUUCACCUUCAGCAGUCUGACCAGUGUGGGCUUUGGAAACGUGUCUCCAAACACCAACUCAGAGAAGAUCUUCUCCAUCUGCGUUAUGCUCAUUGGAUCCCUGAUGUACGCCAGCAUCUUCGGGAACGUAUCAGCCAUCAUCCAGCGGCUCUACUCAGGGACGGCCCGCUACCACACCCAGAUGCUGAGAGUCAGGGAGUUCAUCCGCUUCCACCAGAUCCCCAACCCUCUGCGGCAGCGGCUGGAGGAGUACUUCCAGCACGCCUGGUCCUACACCAACGGCAUCGACAUGAACGCCGUGCUCAAAGGGUUCCCUGAAUGUCUCCAGGCAGAUAUCUGCCUCCACCUGAACCGAACGCUGCUGCAGAACUGUAAGGCCUUUAAAGGCUCCACCAAGGGCUGCCUCAGGGCGCUGGCCAUGAAGUUCAAGACCACCCACGCACCCCCCGGUGACACCCUGGUCCACGCCGGGGACGUCCUCACCGCCCUCUACUUCAUAUCCAGGGGAUCCAUAGAGAUCCUGAGAGGAGAUGUGGUCGUCGCCAUCUUGGGAAAGAACGACAUAUUCGGUGAACCCAUCAACCUGUACCCCCGCCCGGGUAAAUCCAACGCUGAUGUGAGAGCUUUGACAUACUGUGACCUCCAUAAGAUUCUGAGAGAAGACAUCCUGGAGGUGCUGGACAUGUAUCCAGAGUUUGGAGAACAUUUCUGGAACAACCUGGAAAUCACCUUCAACCUCAGAGACACCAACAUGAUCCCAGGCUCCCCCAGCAGUGAUGACUCCACAGGAGGAGGGUUCAACAAACUACGCAGGAGGAAGUUAUCCUUUAGAAGACGUACAGAAAAAGACGAUGCAGACGCCGGAGAAUAUAAAAAAUCCCAUAAAUCCUCGAGGCGAAGACAGAGGGAGCCAGCAGGCAACCAUCGGGAGAAGGAGGAAGCUGCUAAAAGACCGUGGGGGGGCCAUCGGGGCUCGGUGUCAUCACACUCCAGCGGUGACGAGGUAUCCUGUUUGACUCCAUGGUUCCCCUCCCCCACGCCUCGCUCAGGGGCUUUCUCAGGGGUGUCCAACAUCUUCAGCUUCUGGGGAGAGAGCCGAGGAGGCGGUCAGUACCAGGAGGUCCCCAGCUGCAGCCUGGCUUCCCCCCCGCCUCUCAACAAGCCGCUGCACAGCCUGAGCCGGCAGCAGCGCAGCCAGCUGGACACGCGCCUCGACCUGCUGCAGAAACAGCUCAACAGGUUGGAGAGCCGCAUGUCGGCGGACAUUGGUGUGAUCAUGCAGCUCCUGCAGAGACAGAUGGCCCUGGUUCCUCCUGCUUACAGUGCUGUGUCAUCACCUCCUCAGCCCUCACCCUACCCUGGUCCAGAACCAGGAGACAGAGCAGCUCCACCCAUCCCUCCUCUGGAAACAGACACACUGGCUUCCCUAUCACAGAUCUUGGACUCCCAGAACUUUGAAGAGUUCCCAGCAAAGACACUUGAUUCUGUUCUUCCCCAGGACACCUCUUUUAUCAUCCCCAAACAGGAACAACCUGAAUCCUCUGGACUAAGCGGCUUGGGACAGCACCUGAAGCUGGAGCUUGGACUUGGCAGUGGGGCUGGAGUAAUGGCGGAAGGAAGUGUGACACAUGGGGAAACAAGUUUAGAAGGAGAAUUGGGAUUUGCGUCAGGGGAGCAUUUGAUGCCAGCAGCUGGGACGGCGGUAUCACCUUUGGAUUCUGAGACCCAAAGAAGGCUUUCUCUUCAAGACUCACAGACUCCUCUGGAUUCACGGACACCACAGAGACAUGGCUCUGACCCAGGGGGGAGCUAAGGCAAUGUGAUAGAGGAGGGGGUGAAGAGAUCUGUCAAUUGUUCAACAAGGAAGGUAGAAGAUCAGGAGGCAAGCGGUGGAUCUACCAACCAUGCCCUUUUUGGCCAUAAUAAUGCCAUGAAAAGGGUCAAGAACCUCUCCUUCUGCCUCAGUCUUUGUCUCUGAGUCCCCCUCAAGACAACUUGAUCUUUCUGAUCUUCAAAGCGGUACACCUUUAACCAAAACCAUAAGCCGAACAGAGGCUAACCCUGGCCAGUCCGUUCUGGGCCUUUCAGCCAGCCACUAAGGAUUACCUUUCUUCUCACUUACUUUGAAAAGACGACUAACUUAUUGAAGAAUCCCUUUACUGCUGUGUCCGGUGUUGGACAAUUAAAGAGAAAGAGACAACAGUGGACAAAACAACAACAAAAAGUAGCCAUUUUACGUCUUGCACUGAAAACCUUGAUACACUGAUUAUUCUUUCUAUAUAUGUCCAAGGCGCUUCCGAAAAAAACUCGCUGACCGGUUGGUGAAUUGUAGUGUUAGCUGGCCUAACAGGAACUCUGCUGUCCCGUUCUGUCAUUGGUUCCGUCCCCCUUGAUGUCCCUCCCCCUAAAAGAGGUGGAGCUAAUCUUUUAAUUUGUAUUCUGCCCAAGAGCCCCUUGGAUUGGCUGGUCCGCACCUCAGGGGGUGGGAACUGGAGGGUUACAAGCCAUGAAUUUCCUCGAAGAACAUAUCAGCUAUCCUAUCAUUAAUGUUGACAUUUGCUAGAGAGCUGAACACAAGCGACAACGCUUAGGUUGUGUGAGCAACAGGUAAACUGGCAAACUUACAAGGUUUUUAAAUAAGAGCAGUAGACCAAAAAAGCUUCACCAAGCAGGCCCCCCAUUAAUAGCUCCAUUAGCUUCUCUAUGAGCUGAUGCCCUGCAGUGAGAAGGUCUGCGCUGAUUUCUAACAUCCAGUUAAGGCUCAUGCAUGAAGGAACUCCAGUUUUUCGUUGUUGAAUUUGCUACCUCAGAUUUCAUUGGUCCUUGCUUUUGUUUUUCACCCCAAGCACGCACCCUGAAUGCAUUUACCUUGUAUAUAUGAGCUUGUCAUGUGACACAUAAGUAUACGAGUUUGCCAGUUUACAAACGACCAGCCGAAUGCGCCAUUUAUAGAUGUACAGUACAAUAUGCAAACACUGGCUAGAUGAAAUAAGUGUGUGGGUGUGUGCUAUGCUACUAUGUGUGGGAUAGGGCCUAAUAGGGCCUGAUCAGAGGCUUUCAGUUUGUAGUUUGUCUCGUUUUAUUUAAUCUCGUUCAGAGUUCAAUGUGUUUGCUUCGACACAAUGGUUAGAGGCUAGCUGGGUUUGCUUGUUUAGCUUUUUUCCCAAGACAAAAACAGGUAAAUGAUGCCUUGUUGAAAAAGCUGAUGGAAGGUUAACUUUAUGAGAUAUAAACCCUUUACACUUUCCCUCUACGUACAGAACACACAGUCCUUUUAACGUCGGUUAAAAGAAACAAAGAAAUUCUGCUUUUUUACUAUUUUACAUUACAGGGUUAAGCUUUUAUUAUAAAAAAGGGGCAGUCAAGAUAAACAGAAAAAUUAUAUAGUUCAUGAAUAAUUUGGAAUUGAAAAAUUAUUUUGAAACUGAAAAGAUUUGUUUCUGUUUUUAGUCAUGGACCCUAAAGCUCAAAGUUUGGGUUAAAGCGGCUCAUGUAAGGAAAAGGGAUUUAACACGACACCCAGAACAAAAUUUGAUGGGUUUUACCUAUUUUUACUUUUAGAUUGAACAGCUCAACACUUCACAAACUAUGUUUUAAAAAGUUUUAAUUGGUGUAGAAUACUCCGGUCCCUCCUUAAAAAGUCUAUAUAUCACAGUUUUAUGCUAGUCUCUUUUUAGCUCAACUGGUCGCUCCAGUUUUCUUAAAUAGGAGAAAUUUUUCACAAAACCUAAACUGAGAUGUAAAGAGCUUCUGUUCAAAGAGGUUAUCAAAUAAAACUCAGAUCUCCUUAAAAAAAUAGGGAAAUACAUUUUAGCUCUAAUAAGUUGGAAGUUGACGCUAAAUUUAGCAUACGUUAAUGGCUAGUUAGCUAGCGACUUUAUUCUCGUUCUUCUUUCGAGUUAUUGAUAUUUGGUCUGUCACUCUAGCACCUAUUUCAAUUUUUCCCCCAGAAUGCUGUCAAAUAAUCGAUCCAAAAAAGCAGAGUUCCUUCUGUUUAUUAAAGGCAGUGUUUUUGGCUAACAUGAUGAAGAAUGCUCUUAGUUAGCAGAGUAUGCUAACUAAAAUUCUACUUCCUUCCUUUUUUAACCUAAGAAUCUAAAGUGUCAUGAUCUAAAGUGUCAGUUUCGUGUUGAACAGUUAUAUUAGCUGAAGAGUAAAAUGGACAUGACCGAAAACCAUCAAAAAACAAGGAGGGGUUAACUCAUAUUUUCCGUUUUGUUAGAAAGAAUAUACCUGAAAAAGCAAAAUGGAAAACUUUACUAUGAUGAAAAAGUUUAGAGCAAUUUCAGACCACUAUGUGGAAAUAUACUCUAAAACACACAACAUUAAAUUGAUUUGACCUGUCCCUUACAAC